GUCUAAUAGAAACUGUUGUUUUCGUUGCAAAAACAAAACGUUUUGCAACUGUUUGGACUAAUGAUUACACCCGGUCCGCUUGCUUUUGCGGUAGGAGCUUUGCGUUGUAGCAAGCUACCCAUAAUGCAAUGCUAUGCUAGCUGGUUCUUAGCGGAGUAGCCAGAGAGCAGAAAACAACAACAACAAGGGUGAACGAGGCUCAACAACAUGCUAGCUACUAGCUAGGCCAGCUACAUGGGUAGCGACAAAAGCGACCAGGAUUUAUCAAACGUGAUGUCCUUAUCUCAAUUAUUUGUCAUCUAGACGUAUAUGUGAGUGAUGUAAUUUUAGGUGAGGACGAAUCAUAUUUGCUGUUGCAUAUCGCUUUGCAUUUACAUUUACAUUAAUCGAACCCAGCUCGAGAGCAAGCUAACUAGCAAUCGACGUCUCUCUAUGUUCGAAUAUUUUCCGGCGGCAGCAGCGGUGCCAUGAACAGUGGACUCCCAGCUUCAGCUGCUCCGCUCGGGGGUGUCGGAAUACCCUGCGUGAAGGUGAAGUUCUGCCGAUACUACGCAAAGGACAAGACUUGCUUUUAUGGGGACGAGUGUCAGUUUUUGCACGAGGAACCGUCCAUGGCAAGCAUGUCUCUUCACGGUGGAGGAAGCCCUGUCCCUUUAUCCAUGUCAGGAGGAGCCGUGACGGCAGCGGGGUAUCCGCUUAGUGCACCCCCGGCCUGCCCGGUAGGGGUGCCGACCGUCACUAAAAAGAGCGACUCUCUGGGGUCUGCAGGCACGGCUCUGGAUGGACAGCUGUUAACCAUCCCUGGUAUGGAGGGUGGGACCGAUGCUAAUCUGACCAACUCCUACUUCAGCAGCAGCUUCAUUGGGGUCAACGGCUUCGGGAGCCCCGCAGAGUCUAAAUACUCAAUGAUGCAGAGAAUGACCAGCAGUAGCAGCAGCAGUUCUCCCAGUCUCCUUGAUGACGGUGCAAAGAACUUUAGCCACAGCGCUCACGAUCUAUUCCAUGGAACCCUCGCAGUUGGACCAGGUCAGAGUUGUGGGUCGAUGGAAAACUCCCCUUGGACAACACAGUCUUCAUUCCCUCUUCCUCUAUGUCCUCUUCCAGAUCCAGUUAGUUCUCCUAUGUCCUCACUCUUCAGUGACUUUGGUGCUCUGAGCAUAUCACAAAGGAGAAAGGCUCCCAACCCUACAGCCAAUGAGUUCAUCCCUAAGGGGGUUCCCCGCAUGGCCACUAUGGUCCAGUCCAGUGUUCCAGCCUUCCCCUUGCCCCUCUUCCCCCACCCCAGCAGCUCCACUGCCGCUGCCCUAGCACCCGGGAUGUCUCUUUCUGCAGGGUCCUCCCCCCUCCACUCCCCCAAAAUCACCCCCCACACCUCCCCCGCCCCUCGCCGGCGCAGCCACACCCCCAACCCCAACAACCCCAAUCCGGCUAACUACAUGGUGCCCACCAGUGUGUCUGACCAGGGGGCCCACAUCAUCCAGAAGGAGACGGUGGGGGGGACCACCUAUUUCUACACCGACAACACCCCCGCUCCCAUGGCUGGGAUGGUGUUUCCUACCUACCACAUCUACCCCCCCACUGCUCCCCACGUGGCCUACAUGCAGCCCAAAGCCAACGCCCCGUCCUUCUUCAUGGCUGAUGAACUCCGACAGGAGCUGAUAAACAGACAUCUAAUCACCAUGGCUCAGAUCGACCAGUCAGAGAACACCGGUGUUCCAUCUGAGGUGGACAGCUACCACAGCCUGUUUCCCCUGGAGCCUGUCCCACCUCCCAACCGCCUGCAGAAGACCAGUAACUUCAGCUACAUCACUUCCUGCUACAAGGCCGUCAACAGCAAGGACGACCUGCCGUACUGCCUGAGGAGGGUACAUGGUUUCAGGCUGGUGAACACCAAGUGUAUGAUGCUGGUGGACAUGUGGAAGAAGAUCCAGCACUCCAACUCUGUUACCCUGAGGGAGGUCUUCACCACCAAGGCCUUUGGAGACCACUCGUUGGUGUUUUCCUAUGACUUCCAUGCGGGGGCAGAGACCAUGUUUAGCAGGCACUUCAACGACCCCACUGCCGACUCCUACUUCACCAAGAGGAAGUGGGGACAGCAUGAGCCCCCACCGCCCCGGCAGCACGCUGGUCUGCUUCCUGAGUCUCUGAUCUGGGCCUACAUCGUCCAGCUGAGCUCAGCUCUCAGAACCAUCCACACUGCUGGCCUGGCCUGUAGGGUCAUGGACCCCAGCAAGAUCCUCAUCACCGGCAAGACCAGGUUACGGGUGAACUGUGUAGGGGUGUUCGAUGUCUUAACGUUUGACAACAGUCAGACCAACCAUGUGACCCUCAUGCCACAGUACCAGCAAGCGGACCUGAUAUCCCUGGGCAAGGUGGUGUUGGCCCUGGCCUGUAACUCUCUGGCCGGCAUUCAGAGAGAGAACCUGCAGAAGGCCAUGGAGCUGGUGUCUAUCAACUACUCAUCAGACCUCAAGAACCUCAUCCUGUAUCUGCUGACAGAGCAGUCAAGGCUGCGAAGUGUCAAUGACAUCAUGCCUAUGAUCGGAGCUCGCUUCUACACACAGCUGGACGCAUCACAGAUGAGGAAUGAUGUCAUCGAGGAGGACCUUGCCAAGGAGGUCCAAAAUGGUCGUCUCUUCCGUCUGUUGGCCAAACUGGGCACCAUCAACGAGAGGCCAGAGUUUCAGAAGGACCGUACGUGGUCGGAGACAGGAGACCGGUACCUGCUGAAGCUGUUCAGAGACCACCUGUUCCACCAGGUGACGGAGGCUGGGACCCCCUGGAUAGACCUCAGCCACAUCGUCUCCUGCCUCAACAAACUGGACGCGGGCGUGCCUGAGAAGAUAAACCUGGUGUCUCGUGAUGAGAAGAGUGUUCUGGUGGUGACCUACUUGGACCUGAAGCGCUGCUUCGACAGUACCUUCCAGGAGCUGCAGCAGGCCGCUGCCACUGGCCCCCUGUAGCGCCCCCGCUGCCCCCCACACACAGGCAGCGGGGUGGGACUGCCUGAACCCUGAACCUGAAAGCACAUUAUUGCACUACAUCGGAGGACCAGGCGCAUAGUGAGGACAUCAUCAGAGGGGGCGGGACUUGCUGGAUCAGUCACAUACACUGUCUUAGCAACCAGGAAGGCUUUUCUGAAGCUGAUUUCUUUCUUUUCUUUUCCCCCUAAAACCCAGCAUCUGCGACUAUAAAUAAUGGACAGAAACGGAAGCUGUGACGAUGACGAUGAUAACAAGGAUGAUGAACACUGCAUACAUUUUUUUUUAGAACUGGGGAACAAAACGGAUUCUAAAAAAAUAAACCAACCACGUGGUAUUGAACUUCUUCCUGUAUUUUUCUGUGGAGGAUGCACUAAGACUGGACUUUUAAUGGAUGUGUGAGUGGCCUACAAGAUGCACCUACAGACAGAGGUGAAGUCACACACACACCGACACAGACUGAGAACUGAAUAGAAACCAGGCUUUCUUUCUACUGCGUUUCUCUGCUGGGGACCACACCCCUUCAUACCAACACUUUAAGAGACGGGACAGACCGUAGGAUGCUUUCUAAGGGGGUGGUCAAAGAACCCAUUCAUGAAAUGGGCCGGUCCAAGUCAGCCUUAGUUGUCGGUUCCCACUCAGAGAGGACAAACCACUGAGUUUUGGAGUAGGGUGCGGGUUGGGAUGGGGACUCUGUUGAAACAGUUUUCUCCCGAUGGCUGUGUCCGUGUUUGUUAGAGCAGUGUCAUGCAGGCCAGGCAGCACCUCCUUUAUUGCUUAAUGAUGGACACUAUUGUGGAAAAUGUUGUGACACAAAUGAUGAACUUGGGGGAUGGAACUGUUUUGUCAGCUCUGGGGUAGAACCCAUGGAUUGGGCAUAACUAGAGAAUGGAGCCAGUUCUGCCUCAAUUAUUUUCUUUGCUGCCUCCCUCCCUCUUUCUCCCUCCCCUGAAGGGUCCCUCCCUCCGUCUUUCUCCCUCCCCUGAAGGGUCCCUGGUGACCUCUUCAUUUGAGAAUACGUUAUGCUUUUUGUGAUGAUUCUUUCUAGCUGGUUCUUCUCAUUUUACUCUGCUGUAGUGCAGUGAUGCAUGAUGGGACAUGGAAGGGACAGUCUUUCUGCCUCAACACAAACGUUAUUCUGUGGACCAAUUCCAGCGGGGGGGGGGGCAAGGAACGGGGCAAUGGGGCGAAGUGGAUUGUAGGUAGGGGUUUUGAAUCAUUUUAAGAAAAUGUGUUUUUUAUUUUACCUUUUAAGAUCAUGUGACACAAAACAUGCUGGAGACACCGAGCAGCAAUGACCAGGAGUCACCUUUCACCUUUGACCCCUUCCGGAGGUCCCCUGGGUUUUUCCCCCCUGAAGUGUGCUCUCAUUCACACCCUCUCAUGGCUUUAAAAAUAAUGGAUUGGCAUAAGAGAAAUGAUGGAAACUCCAAACCAUGCUUAUACCAAUCCAAUGCCUUUGAAUUCAUAGUGGCUAGUGAAGGAGUGUACACAUCAGGGAGAAGGAUAGAGAAUUGGUAAGGGGGGUGGGUGGUGGCUGUUGCACUCAGAAGCAAGGAUCUAUUCAGAAGGGUGAAACAUUCAAAGCGUUUUAGAAAUGUAUUAUAUAGAUCAUACCAAGACUUCUAGUCACAUGAGAAGGUAACUGUCUAUUGUAUACAUCACAGUUCUAUGUGCAACAAUCAACCCUAUUGAAUAGACCCUCUGUUGGAUGGUUUGAAAUUCUCUCAGGACAAUGGACAGCUGCAGGGGCCCAAUGACUGAAUGUGUUUGGCCGUCAUUGGUUGCCCUUUAUCCAGUCAGAUCGGUGUGGGCGGGACUCUUAAGUGGGGGUGGGGGGAAAUUGUGAGGAGAUGGAUGCUCCUAAGCACAGAUCUAGCAUCAGUUUACCGUAGUCCAGUCUUACCUGAACUACUAGGGGGAUAACAGCAUAUCUGACCCUAUGUCAGUUGUUAGGGGCAUCGUCUACCUACUCCAUGAGGUGAGCUGUGAGUUGGCUAUGUUAGAAUCAUGUACUGUUUCCUGUUUUUAGUGACAUGAUCAAGACCGAAAGAAUAUUUGGUGAAUGUGGUGCUUAGACCCCUAUCUUUAAACCAAUCUCUCACACACCCAUACCAACACACAGCCAUCCCUAUCCACACGUCAACGCUUAUCAUAUCACCAUCGUGACACACACUCCAGUAAUACUAGCGCUAGUGAUGCGCGGGUCAGCUGUUUGUUUACCCGCAUCCCCACCUGCAAUUGCUAAAAGCCCAUGUGUAACAACCUGACUAUAUGUGAUAGUGAAUAUGAGGGCUGCACCCAACCCACUAAUAUAGAAAACACAAUGCUCCCUUUUUCUCUUCAACAUUUAUUGAACAAUUGUUUUUCUUCAACAUUUCAUCAAUUUAUUCAAUAUUUAGGCCUAUUGAACAGUAGCCUAAUGUUUUGCUGAAAACAAAUGUGAAACAAUAGCCUAAAUUGACACCUUUUGCGAAAGAAAAUGUGAAACAAUAAAUGGAUAUAUUUUAGGCCGACUGCCUGUGGGCUAAUAGCCUCUACCAGCAUAUGAAUGAAAUAAAACAUCUAAUGAAAUAUUUUGUGUAAUAUCGUAUUUAUGUUCUAAGAUAUAUAUAUAUAUAUUUAUACACAAAAUAAAGUUCAGUUGAGAGACUAUAAUGGCCUACUUUCGUCUUUUUUUUGCAGCACUGUUGAGAAACAAAUUAGCGUCCUCUAUGCUAGGUUAGUUGGCACGCAUAGCCUGCAAUUAGGCCCUGAAGCUUAGGUUUACGCACUCAUUUUUCUAAUUAAAGAAAAACCUCAAUGUAGCCUAUAGAUAUGAGUUACACAAUUAUACAUGUACAGAUUUAAAAAAUAAAUAAAAAAAUUCCACUUCACUUUAUUCAACCUGCCAACCACCCACCCUUCAUCCACACAAUAUUUCAGGACCCUAAAACCCUUGCCCUGCGGAUAUAACUGUAGGGACUGCGGGGUAUGAGUCAACCCGUGCAUCACUAACUAUUGCUGCCUCUCUCACACACACACACACACACACACACACACACACACACACACACACACACACACACACACACACAGCUCUCUUCCCCCACACACACCUCCAUCACCAUCUUAGUAUGUUUUAUGCCCCUCUUGUGUUUGACUAAAAUGUUGUAAUAUUUGUGUGUACAGCAGUAUUUUAAUAAAGAAUACCAAAACAUA